AUGACUAAAAGAGCCUUUAUUUUGGACAUGUUGUUUUUUCCUCUCAAUGCUGCCAGCCACCAAGGCUAUGGUGGGAAGCGUCAUUAUAAUUCUCAGCAGAUUGCUAAUCACUGUCUGCUGUGGCUCUUGGGACUAGUGCUACACCUCACCCUCUCCUCAUGUCAACGAGUUGACCUGAAACACCCCAUAGUGUCCACUGGCUAUGGAAAGAUACGUGGUAUCAGGAAGGACCUCAACAAUGAGAUCUUGGGCCCUGUGGAACAGUUCCUAGGUGUGCCGUAUGCCACGGCACCAGUUGGCGAGCGCCGUUUCCAGCCUCCUGAAGCUCCAGGCUCCUGGCAAGAGAUUCGCAAUGCCACCCAUUUUGCACCAGUGUGUCCCCAGAAUGUCCACGGGGUUUUACCUGAGAUCAUGCUACCAGUGUGGUUCACCGACAACCUGGACGCUGCAGCGACCUAUGUUCAGAACCAGAGUGAGGACUGCCUUUACCUCAACAUCUAUGUACCAACUGAAGACGGUCCGCUCACGAAAAAACAAGAUGAGUCUACAAUGAACAGACCAAGGGAUGAAGAUAUCCGGGAUCGUCGUAAGAAGCCGGUGAUGCUGUUCAUCCACGGGGGCUCCUACAUGGAGGGCUCAGGGAACAUGUUUGAUGGCAGCGUCCUUGCUGCCUAUGGAAAUGUCAUUGUGGUCACCAUGAACUAUCGGCUCGGCGUGCUAGGGUUUCUGAGCACAGGGGACCAGUCUGCUAAGGGGAACUAUGGCUUGUUGGACCAGAUCCAGGCCCUGCGCUGGCUCAACGAAAACAUUGGCCACUUUGGAGGAGACCCAGAGAGAAUCACGAUCUUUGGCUCGGGAGCUGGUGCCGCUUGUGUGAACCUCCUCAUCCUCUCCCACCACUCCGAGGGCCUGUUCCAGAGGGCCAUCGCUCAGAGUGGCUCAGCCAUCUCCAGCUGGGCAGUCAACUACCGGCCAACGAUGUACACCAAGAUCCUGGCGAGGAAGGUUGGCUGCACUCUAGGGGACAUGGCUGAUUUGGUGGACUGCCUGAGGAGGAAGAGUUUCCGGGAGCUAGUGGACCAAGACAUCCAGCCUGCACGCUACCACAUUGCCUUCGGGCCUGUGGUUGAUGGGGACGUGGUGCCGGAUGACCCUGAGAUCCUCAUGCAGCAGGGCGAGUUCCUGAACUACGACAUAUUGCUGGGUGUCAACCAGGGAGAGGGCCUGAAGUUUGUGGAUGACAGUGAAGGAGAAGACGGAAUAUCAGCAGCCUCGUUUGACUACACCAUCUCCAACUUUGUGGACAAUCUGUAUGGAUACCCUGACGGUAAAGACAUCCUGAGGGAAACCAUAAAGUUCAUGUACACCGACUGGGCCGACAGGGACAACAGCGACAUGCGUAGGAAGACCCUGCUGGCUCUGUUCACGGACCAUCAGUGGGUGGCCCCGGCUGUCGCCACUGCCAAACUGCAUGCUGAGUUCCAGUCGCCUGUCUAUUUCUAUACCUUCCACCACCACUGUCAGACGGAGGCACGGCCAGAGUGGGCAGACGCAGCCCAUGGAGAUGAGAUUCCCUAUGUGUUUGGGAUUCCCAUGGUGGGAGCCACUGACCUGUUUCCCUGUAACUUCUCCAAGAACGAUGUGAUGCUGAGCGCUGUAGUCAUGACAUACUGGACCAACUUUGCCAAGACAGGGGAUCCUAACCUACCAGUUCCUCAGGACACUACGUUCAUCCACACCAAGCCCAAUCGCUUUGAAGAGGUCAUCUGGACCAAGUUCAGCUCCAAAGACAAGCAGUACUUGCAUAUCGGCCUGAAGCCUCGUGUGAGAGACAACUACCGGGCCAACAAGGUGGCCUUCUGGCUGGAGCUAGUGCCACAUCUUCACAGCCUCCACAAGGAAAUCAUUAGUUCCAUCACAACCCGACUGCCGCCCGGAGGCACCAACCGCUGGAAGGGCCCUCCCAGCCCUGAUAUCUCCACACCACCCCCCUUAAGCUCCACCUAUCCGCCUGAUCCUGAGCCCGAUGGUUCAGAGAGACCCCGCUAUUCUCCCUUCCCCGACGAGACAAGGGACUACUCCACCGAGCUGAGCGUGACAGUGGCCGUGGGCGCCUCGCUUCUUUUCCUGAACGUGCUGGCCUUUGCCGCGCUUUACUACAAACGGGACAAGCGCCACGAACUCAUGCAGCGACGCCACCGCCGGCUGUCUCCGCAACGCGUCACGACGAUGGGCAUGGGCAUGGGCGUCGGCAUGGGAGUAGUAGGGGCCCCACCACACAAUGACCUGGCGCUGAGUCAGGAGGAGGAGCUAAUGUCGCUGCAGAUGAAGCAGCAAAGAGUGGAGCUGGAGCACGGCACACCCCUCCCUUCCCGCGGCAUCCAUGGCGACCUGGAACCCCUGCGGCCUCCCGUGUGCCCACCUGACUACACGCUGGCCCUGCGACGGGCGCCUGAGGACGUGCCACUGAUGACAGCCAACACCAUCACCAUGAUCCCCAGCACCAUCAGCAGCAUGCAGCCCCUCCACCCCUUCAACACCUAUCCCCCUGUCCCGGCCCCCUCCACCACACCUGUCCCCAGCCACAGCAACAAUGCGCUGCCACACCAACACUCCACCACCCGUGUAUAG